AGCACUGCCCGACAAGCACUGUUAGGAGUGCCGCUGUCGGAGGACCCGAUGAACUCAACCCAGACUCACUUUGGAAAGACAAUGGAAGGAAUUAGUGACACAUUCAAGAUCAUCAUAUAAAAAAAUUAGCAUUCUCAUUUCAACUGACUCACUUGGCAGAAAGAAACCUACAUGCUAUGAGAAAAGAGAAGAGGGGAGAAGCAUUCAGAAGACGUGGAAAGAGAUGGAAGAGGCACUAGACAGUUCACUACAAUGUGAAUAUCAGUACUAUCAAAUGCCCAACAUCCUAAAAUAUCCAGAUUAUAAUUUUCUGAAGUUGGGAAUGAGAGUUGUUCCACAUCAAAUCAGAGAUGGAUUUAGAACAAAUCCCUUCAGACCAUCCAAGCGCUAGCACCAUUUUCCUAAAGAAAUCUCGAAUGGAUGUGAGAGGAAAGACUAUGAAGAACAAUUCAUACCAUGUGUCUCCAGAUCUCCUUCGUGAAAAGCACAGCUCAUGCUCAACCAUCUUUUUAGAUGAGAGCACACUGUCCGAGCCUAGUGUUAUAAUCACUGUGCAAUCCCUGGCUAUAGCAAUAUAUUACCACAUUAAGAACAGAGAUUCAAACAAAACCAAGGAUAUUAUUGAGGAGUACUUGUAUCCGUCAUAUACAGAAGAAAUGGAUCCAGAGGAAUAUUAUCAUAAUCCUGAUCCCGAAUCUAUUUACAGUUUCAUUCGGCCUCUUUUCAAUGCCUUUUGUCUAACGGGUCAAUUUGCAAUAACAACUUUGGUUUACUUAGAAAGACUUGUGAUUUAUGCCAGAAUAGAUAUUGGCCCCACGAACUGGAAACGAGUUGUCUUGGGGGCCAUUCUUCUUGCCUCCAAGUAUUUGCAUGAUCUGAUUGUACAAAAUGUGUUCUUCUGCAGAGUCAUGAAGAACAUUACACUUAAGGACCUGAAUGAGUUGGAAAGGCAAUAUAUAUAUCUACUCCAGUUUAAUCUUUAUGUCUCUGCCAGUGUCUAUGCCAAAUACUAUUUUGACCUUCAGACCUUAGCAGGUGACCACGGACUGCCUAUUGUAUUUGCUCCUCUUCGAAAAGAAAGAGCACAGAAGCUGGAGGCUAUUUCCAGAUAUUGUGAAAACCCAAACCUGUGCAGGGUGGCCAUAAAAAAAUUUAGCAGCUGUGAUAAUUUUACUGAUAUGCAGCAUGCCAAUGCCAUCUUAUCUUAAAGGAGAAAUGUGCCACAAUGAGACUCAUCUACGACUGGAGAAAUAUCACCGCUCCUGCUCAAAACUCAGCUAAGUUAUUUCCUUUUAAGGGAGAAAUCAGGGGUAUUAGCAUGAUUAGCUUCUUGUCAACAAAAGCAAGGACUGUUGAAAUAUAAUUUUAUCUAUUCCAGCAAGUUUAAUAGUUCCUCUUAAAAAAGAAAUGAAAGUUGUUAAA